CCCCGUGACCGUGACCGUGGCCGCCUCGGUGACCCCGGGCUGCUGCCGCCGCGAUGGGGGAGGAGGCGUCGGGGGCGCCGCCCGAGCUGGUGCGCGAGGCGGAAGUCAGCCUGCUGGAGUGCAAGGUGUGUUUCGAGAGGUUCGGCCACCUGCAGCAGCGGCGCCCGCGCAACCUGCCCUGCGGCCACGUGGUCUGCCUGGCCUGCUUGGCCGCCCUGGCGCACCCGCGGACGCUGGCCCUCGAGUGUCCCUUCUGCCGCCGCGCCUGCCGGGCCUGCGACACCAGCGACUGCCUGCCGGUGCUGCACCUCCUGGAGCUCCUGGGCUCCACCCUCCGCGCAGCCCCCGCGGGCCCCUGCGCCGCCCGGGGCGCGUCCGGGGAGCUCACCUGCCAGCACGCCUUUGGGGGAUGGGGGACCCUGGUGAACCCCACUGGGCUGGCUCUGUGCCCCAAGACAGGACGAGUCGUGGUGGUGCACGAUGGUAAGAGGCGGGUCAAGAUCUUUGACUCCGGGGGAGGAGGUGCCCACCAGUUUGCAGAGAAGGGCGACGCUGAGCACGACGUCAAGUACCCACUGGAUGUAGCUGUCACCAACGACUGCCACGUGGUUGUUACCGACGCCGGCGACCGCUCCAUCAAAGUAUUUGAUUUCUUCGGUCAGGUCAAGCUAGUGGUUGGAGAGCAGUUCUCCCUGCCUUGGGGUGUGGCAACCACUCCUCAGAACCAGGUCCUGGUGACUGACGCGGAGGCAGGGGCCUUGCACCUGCUGGAAAUGGAUUUCACGAACGGGGUCCUUCGGAGGACUGAGAAGUUGCACGCUUACCUGUGCAACCCCCGCGGGGUGGCCGUGUCUGGGCUCACCGGGGUCAUCGCGGUCCUAGAGCACCUCUGGACACCGGGGACAGCGGGUAGCAACUCCAGGGUGAAGGUGUUUAACCCCGCCAUGCAGCUAAUUGGCCAGGUGGAUAGCUUCGGACUGAACCUCUUCUUUCCUUCCAGAAUAACUGCCUCGGCUGUGGCCUUUGAUCACCAGGGAAACGUGAUCAUUGCGGACACCUCUGGUCCAGCUGUCCUAUGUUUGGGGAAACCUGAAGAGUUCCCAGCACUGAAGCCCAUGGUCACUCACGGUCUGUCCCACCCGGUGGCGCUAGCCUUCAGCAAGGAGAAUGCCCUUCUUGUGCUGGAUACAGCAACCCAUUCUGUAAAAGUCUAUAAAGUUGACUCGGGUGAUGGAGGAUGAUGGGGCUCUUGUCUAGGAGAUUUUGACCCGGGAUAAGACAUCACUCAUACAUCCAGACAGGGAUAAUAACUGCCUGGCAGAGUUAUCAGAUUUGGAGCGAUUAUUAACGACUAAUAAUUCUUCAUUUAUUGAAUGCAUGUUCCCCCGUUAGGAAAUUUGCAAAUCUUAGCUCAUUUGAUCCUUACCACCCAAUGAGGUAAUAUCUAUUAUGAGUCCCAUCUUAGAGAUGCUAAAACCUCAGAGAACUGAAAAUGACUUCCUCCGGUCAUAUUUAUUUAUUGUGACACUCGUAAAUUGAACCCAGUUCUGGCUCCAACCCUCUUGCUCUUAAAUGAGACCAGAUGUGAAAAAGAAAUGUGUCUUGUCAUGUGUCCUCUCCUUACAAGUAGCUAAUUAGUUAAAUGCACAAAGAAAGGGAUGUCCAUGGAGGGUUUGGGAGAAAAAGGAUUUUUGGUGUGGAUGUCAGUUGCCUUCAGCUGGGAGCUCCUAUGAUGGCAAAUUAGUUUCAGUUACUGUUGAUCCUCAGUGAUUUGAACUAGAAAAAUAAUUCACCUGUUUAUUUAAAAGGUAAAAGUUGCCCGCUGUGGUGGUAAGUGCCUGCCAUUCUGGCACCUCAGAGGUGGGGGUAGGAGGAUCUGGAAUUCAAGACCAUCCUCCACUACAUAGUAAGUUCAA